AGAGAGAGAGAGAGAGAGAGAGAGAGAGAGAGAGCGCUGUGAGGCGUGAACAUGAGCUGUGAACAAGUGGAGGACUCGACUACACAAAAAAUGGAAUAAAAAAUGAAGGAAAGAACAGGAUAGGUAGUACUGACAUCACCAGCAUGGCACUGGUAAUGUCAGAGAUAUGAAUACACCAAGAGAGAGUAGAAAAACGUGACUUGUUUUUUGAGCGCGUGCUCGUGCGCAGUUCCCGCACACCGCGGCACACCUGUUCUAAUUACCACACCUGUUCCAUUGGGCGAGGCGAGAGAGGGCUGCACCCUCCUGUCGGUGUGGCUCGCUCGGUCAGCCCUGCAGCACCGCGUGCUCCUGCACUGUGUCUGACCUUCCUUAGUCAGCAGGCGGGGCGGACUGCAGAAAGGAGGAAGGAGAAAGAGACACGCGACGGAGAGAGAGAGAGGUAUAGAGAGGGAGUGUCCACGGGAGCACAGAGGAGAAGAGAGUCAGAGAGGGAGGGAGAGAGAGAGAGAGAGAGAGAGAGAGAUGUAGUAGACACGAGCAAGACGGAGCCGUUUCCACUGUUGGGUCUGUUUAGUCUAGUCCGAACAAACGCCGUCUCUGUCCUUGCUGUCAGCAGAUCAAGUCGUGUCUGGAGCAGUGGCCCCAAUGCAGGCGAAUGUCCCGCCAGAAUUGAACACAGGUCGGCUUGGUUAUUGGCUUUUGGAUCGCGAGCCAACAUCCAUCCUGAAGGUGGAGCUUGUCGUCUUUUGAUCUUGUGUUCGAAAACACAAAUCUUAACCUCCCCAGAAAAGGCUUUUUUCUGCGCUGGACAUAUUCCUUUAUCAUUUUGUUAAUUUUUUUCAAGGUUUACUUCCCCCAAACCACCACUUUUGAAAGCAGACUGGGAGAACUUGCGGGGAUCUCCUUGCAUACUCUCACAUAUGGAAGAGUCUGGGGGGCGAGGGGUGAGGACGGUGGGUGACGGGGUGAGGGCCGGGGAUCGGGACCCCUCACAGAGGCUCUCUCCGUUCCGCAUGCUCCGUAUGCUGGAGGCUUGCAGAACCCCAGGGAACCGCAUCGGCAUCGUCCAUGAGAAUGUGAAGAUGGGCUCCGACGGGGAGAGCGACCAGGCGUCCGGUACAUCUUCUGAUGAGGUCCAGAGUCCUGUGAGGGUCCGCAUGCGGAACAACCACCACCGACGGAUCUCCAAUGAGGACAUAAACAAGCGCCUCUCUCUCCCAGCUGAUAUCCGGCUUCCGGAGGGAUACCUGGAGAAGUUUGCGAUGAAUAGCCCGCCCUUCGAUAAGCCCAUGAGCCGCCGGCUACGCCGAGCCUCAUUGUCUGAAAUAGGCUUUGGAAAACUGGAAACGUACAUCAAACUGGACAAAUUAGGAGAAGGGACCUACGCCACCGUGUUCAAAGGGCGGAGCAAGUUAACAGACAACCUGGUGGCGCUGAAAGAGAUCCGGUUGGAGCACGAGGAGGGGGCGCCCUGCACGGCCAUCCGUGAAGUGUCUCUGUUGAAGGAUCUGAAGCACGCCAACAUCGUCACUCUGCACGACAUCAUCCACACUGACAAGUGCCUGACGCUGGUGUUUGAGUACCUGGAGAAGGAUUUGAAACAGUACAUGGAUGACUGCGGUAGCAUCAUGAGUGUCCACAACGUCAAGCUAUUUCUCUUCCAGCUGCUGCGAGGUCUUGCCUACUGCCACAAGAGGAAAGUCCUCCACAGAGACCUCAAGCCUCAGAAUCUGCUCAUCAACGAAAAAGGAGAGCUCAAACUAGCUGACUUUGGUUUGGCCAGGGCCAAGUCGGUCCCUACCAAGACGUACUCUAACGAAGUGGUGACAUUAUGGUACCGGCCCCCAGACGUGCUGCUGGGCUCCACUGAGUACUCUACACCCAUUGACAUGUGGGGCGUGGGCUGCAUCUUCUACGAGAUGGUCACAGGCCGGCCGCUGUUCCCCGGUUCCACAGUGGAGGACGAGCUGCACCUUAUAUUCCGCAUCCUGGGUACGCCCACGGAGGAGACCUGGCCCGGCUGCACCAACAGCGAAGAGUUCAAGACCUACAACUUCCCCAAGUACAACGCGGAGCCCUUGGUCAACCACGCACCCAGGAUAGACAGCGAUGGCCAUGAUUUGCUAUCCAAACUCCUGCAGUUUGAGGCCAAGAAGCGUAUUUCAGCAGAAGAUGCUCUCCGGGUGCCUUACUUCAAGAGUCUUGGAGAGCAGGUUCAGUCACUAGUUGAUACUGCCUCACUCUUCUCAAUAAAAGAAAUUCAGCUCCAUAAAGACCCAGGCAAGAGGUCUGCUGUUUACCCAGAAUCAGCAAUGGCACAUAAGAUAGGCUCCGCCCCCUCGCAGUACUUCCAGCGAGAAGCAGCCAAUCCCAGGGCUCAGAGUCAGGCUCUCGCCUCCCCUUCCACAGGCUGAUUGGCCAGAGUCCAUCUGCCCAGGGGAAGAGUAGAAGGCAGAGUGUGUUGUUUUAGUGUCGGAGGGGUCCAGUGAAGGUGUGGAGGCAGGGAGGUCCGGUCUCAGACACGCGCUCACUGACCCCCACCGCACAAACUAAACAAACGGAGAGACACACACUCUCGCCAGGGACGUGCCGUAGGAGGCAACAAUGAUGACAACAACAAUGACAACAACAUAAACAACAACAACACCACAUCACCACAAACAAACAAAAAAAAAACGGAAGAAGAAACCAGAACUAUAAAAGAAACUGUCAACUACGCCCGAAUCGAGAUUGAGAAACUGCGACCUUAAACUUGAUAGAAGAUAAAUAAAGUAACUCCCCACUACCGAGAGAGAGAGAGAGGGAGAGAAAGAAGAGAGCAUGAAGAUGGGCAGGGGAGAAAAAAAGAGAGCAAGAGGAUUCUCAUUGCUGCUGCUGUUACGACAGCUGCCCAGGGGAGGGCAGUGUGUACGACGUGGACUUUAACAAAACCUUGCUGUAUCAGUGAGAAAGAGGGGAAACCUAGCCCUUGGAAGGGAUGGCGGACACACUUAAAAAAGAGCAUGAGAGAGAAUGCAACCGUCUUUCUCUCCUUUGGUCUUUUUAUUUGGGGUCGGCUGAACUGUUGUACAUAAAGAGAAGGAGUUUUAGAACUCUGCUUUUUUGUUUUAUAAAUAUCAGCCUGAAUCCCAAACUCUAAAGACGUCACCUUAUACAUGCAGCCCUUAUAACUAUUUGCCUUUUCCAAUAGAAAACAUCUGACAGACAGGCACACUUGCCCCCUCUCCUUCUUACUUUCGACUCUCUUGUCUCUCACAAACACACACACACACAUACAUGCUCUCACACACAUGCAAACACACAUCCACACACACACACACACACACACACACACACACACACACACACACACACACACACACACACACACACACACACACACACACACACACACACGCACACACACACACACACACACACACACACUAAUAACUAAGAACAUUUGAUUUACUUGAACAUUAUCACGUUUAUGAUUGGAGUUUACCAUGAUAACCUUUAGCACCUUAUUGGCCAGUAGUGGUUACACUCAGCCAGCUGUCACUCAGUAAGAUGCAGAGAACUCACCAGAAAUGUAUAUAGAAACACUAAACUAGCCAUGUGUAAAAAUGAGGCAGGAGUAUGUCCUUUCAAUAAUGGAAUUGGCUGAUAACCAUUGGUCUCACUUUUUGGCAUGUCAUCGUUACAUGUUAGAAUAAAAGUUUGCGAUCUGAUUCAGUGUGCUAGUAAGUCAAUCAUAACGGAAACAGGGAUUAAGAAAAUAGAUCAAUGUAAAAAAAGUUGAAGUGUACAAUUACGUGCUCAUUCUCAGACCCUCGUUCCUCUACUGCCUUUACUAUGAAGGUUGUUUUGACUUGUCGUGUUCUGUAGCAUCGAUGUUCAACUGUUCUCUUUGCACCCGAUUUUACCUCUUUACUGACAAACCCUUUGUCAGUUACCUUCUCCCACCUACUCCAUAUUUGUAUUCUUUUACUUUUUUAAUCUGUAUAUAUAGACACACAACCAUGAUAUUUACUUUUAAGUAAUAAGUCGGAAGCAACAAUGUCCCUGGAGGUUAUUCUCAUUCUCACUUGUGUUCCCAUGUAAAAAAACUACAAACAGCUGGUGACCUGCUGUGAGCGUGUUGCACAUUCCUUGAGCUCAGGAUUAUGGGUAGUGUAGUGUUGGUAGAUGCGGUGAGGUACAGCAGCUCUUGUAAGUGAAGUCUGGUUAAGUCCCUUUUUGCAACUCGAGAGCAGACUGACUGUAUGUAAGUAUUACCUAUGAUUAUGAUAAAUAAAAGUAACAACUCUAAAGUAAUUUCAUCAAGUCACUGCUUAGGACUUAAUAGUGUUGCUGUUCAUACACCUUGCCGUUCCUUCCUCUUUUUUAAAUCCCUUCAAGCAUGUUGGCAUAACAAAAAAUAUGUUUUACUGGCGGUAUGGGAAAUGGCCCCUUCUUUACAUUGAAGUUUAAGCGAAAGGUCAGAGAAUGGUUACUAUUGAUUUGGACGUAAU